CAGAGGAAUAAGCUCAACUUGUGCUUCAGUGUGUUUUAAUAAAAAUGUCUGCUAUACAUUGGCCUUCAUGGUGCUUUCUUCUGACUUUAUCGGUUUUAAAGACGACACAAGCUGCUGAUGAUGAUUAUAACAUAUUACAACGCGAUGGAUCCUUUCAAUUUGGUUACAAUAACCCGAACUCAUACCAUCAUGCCGCUGGGAACAGGAAUAAUGUCGUGAGGGGAGAAUUUGGUGGUCGCAAUCCUGGAACAGGAAGAAUUGAUUCCACGGAAUAUACGGCAGGCCCAAGAGGUUAUAGACCAAGAGGUAAAAAUGUGCACAGGAAGUAUGACUUGAAUCAAAAUGGUCCUCGACCCGUUGGAUCAAGAGAUGAUCCCUACUACGAUCCAUAUGAAGAUCCUAGCUAUAGCUUUGAAUUUAAAACUCGAACUUACAAUCGUCAAGAAAAUGCCAACAGGGUCGGAGAUGUUACUGGAAGAUAUAAUUAUAUUGACGAUGUCGGAGAAUUGCACAAUGUUGAGUUCAUUGCAGGAAAGAAUACUGGCUUUCAUGUUAAAACACCUUUUCCCGAUUCGAAUCCACGAGCUUAUUACGGACGUUUGUAUUAUAGAGGACGAGGAAAGCCAAUCCCUAGAGGAAGAACAUCAAUUCAGCGAGGGCUUGAUGGUAGUUACAGGUUUGUCUCAGCCGGUCCUGACCAAAGACGAACUGAAACAAGCGAUUCAUCAGGUCACGUGCGAGGUUCUUACACUUACCUUGAUGAUAAAGGUGUACAACAUUCCGUCCAUUACAUUGCUGGACCCGAAACAGGUUACAGAGUCCUUAAAAAUGUAAAAGGACCUCAUCUUCCAACGGUAUAUCCAUUUGGUCGACCUGAAAUUAUACCACCAGACUUCUAUGAUUACAUCAAAGAUGACGUGUUUGAUACAGCUGCUAGUGGUCACGUGAAACCAAAACCAAUUAACACUGGAGGUGGAGGUGGAGGUGGAGGUUCCAGACCCGGUGAAAGUGGAUCCGACUUUGGAAGUGAUUUGGGUACCCCUGGAGAAGGCCCAGAUGGAGAUAAUUUGCCUGCUGCUGGGGGUGGGGGUGGAGGUGAUGGUACUGAUUUUAAUAAACCUUCAUCUGGUGGAGGUUCUAACAGACCCUCAUCUGGAGGAAGUUUUGAUAGACCUUCAUCUGGAGGAGGUGCUAACAGACCCUCAGCUGGAGGAAGUUUUGAUAGACCUCCAUCUGGAGGAGGUUUUGAUGGACCUUCAUCUGGAGGAGGUUUUGAUGGACCUUCAUCGGGAGGCGAUUUUGAUGGAUCUUCAUCGGGAGGUGGCAUCAGACCUCCAUCAGGAGGAAGACCGUCGCCAGGAGGUGAUUUUAACAGACCUGGAGGCGACGAUUUUGGAGGCGAUGGCGGCGACGAAUCAGACGACUUCGAAGGUGCAUUGUUUGGUCCUUCCGGUUCGUCAAAACCCAGGCCACCGAAGCCCUCAAGACCUCCACAAUCCAGUGGGAUUGGCGGUGGUGGUAGCGGUGGCAGCAGUGGUAGCGGUGGUGGAGGAAUACAAAGACCUUCAGGGCGGCCGACACCUGGACCUACGCAAAGACCUGGCUCGGGGGGACAACGGCCAGGAUCAGGUGGACAAAGGCCUGGAGGAUCCGAUGACGGUUCCUACAAACCUGAUUCGGGUGACACGGGUGACGAUGGGUCCUACAUACCACCAGGAGACGCAAAUCAGGAUGAUGGAAGUUACAGACCUGGACCAGAUGACUCUGGUUUAAGCACCGGAGGAGGUGAACGUCCACGGCCUGGAGGAUUUGGUGGUAGUACAUUCGGUAAACCCACUCGACCUUCAGGUGGUGGGUCAAGUGGGUCAAGACCUGGAGAGUCAUCGUAUACAGAUGAUUACGAGGAUGCCAAUGGUUUAUUUGGCAGCGAAUCUAAUUCUCGACCUCCACUUAAUGGUAGACCACCAGUUAUACAGAUUCAGGGCGGUGUGGGUGGUCAAGGCUGUGAACGAUGUUCAGGUACCAUUGUGACCAAUGUUGGUGACAGACUUUUCUCGGUACCACCUGGAGUUUCUGUUAGGGCACACGUUCAGUCGAUUGACUUGUUGCCUUUAAUAUCCAAAGUUCCUUCUCCUAGUGAACAAUAUAACGAAGAUAUGAGUAUAAAAACAGAACAACUUAAUUCAGCGGCUAGUGAUUUAGUGAGCAAUAGUACGGUUACGGAAACUAGUAGAAUAACAACAACAGCAGCGACGACAAUACCUACUACUACUUUCACAAAUACAGAGACAACAACUCUUAAUGAAUAAUUUAUUUAAAUAAUUAUUAUUUUGUAAUAUAUU